GGCACGGCGCGGAGAUGACGUACCCGGGCCGCCGGGGUGAGCGUGGCCCGCCCCUCCCCUCUGAGUCACCGUGCCGGGAGGCGGCUCCGGGCGGCGGCUCCGGCUCCGCUCCCCAUGCUCUGGCGGCGCUUCCUGUGCAGCGCGCUCUCAGUUAUGACGGGACCGCGGCCAGUCGUCCUGAGCGGGCCUUCAGGAGCGGGAAAGAGCACCCUACUGAAGAAGCUGCUGAAGGAUUACGAGAAUGUCUUCGGCUUCAGCGUCUCUCAUACUACAAGACAACCAAGACCUGGGGAAGUGGAUGGAAAAGAUUAUCAUUUUGUGACCAGAGAAGCCAUGCGGAAGGAAAUUGAUGCUGGGGGGUUUAUUGAACAUGCAGAGUUUUCCGGGAACAUGUACGGUACAAGCAAAGCGGCGGUCCAGGCUGUCCAAGCACAGAACCAAAUCUGCAUUCUGGAUAUUGACAUGCAAGGCGUGAAGAACAUUAAAAAAACAGACCUCAAUCCAAUCUACAUCUCUAUUCAGGCUCCUUCCAUUGAAGUCUUGGAGAAAAGGCUGCGGGACAGAAAGACAGAAACAGAGGAGAGUUUACAGAAGCGGCUGAACACGGCUUGUAUUGACAUGGAACUUAGCAAGGAGCCCGGCCUUUUUGACAUGAUCAUUAUCAACGACGACGUGGAGGAGGCAUACCUGGCGCUGAAGAACGCUCUCGCGGAGGAAAUCCAGAAGACGCAGGGGCUGAGGAAAUCAUGAAUCUCUCGGGUAUCAAGGCACGAACCCGGCAGACAUUCCAGAUCCUUGUUGUGCUAGAGACAUUGCUUGCUGCUUCUGUACUAGAGAGGAACGGAAACACACACAUUCCCUUUUAUCUGGAUUCCCUGUGGAAUUCUACUAGGGCACUUUCUAUUAAAGAAGAAAUGAUCGAAGCCGA